AUGCCGACGACGCGCCGGACGGCGAUUACAGAUAUUAGCGUCGUGCGAACGGCUUCCGGGAGACCCGAAACCGCGAUGGCGACAACGUCCAUCGCGAUGCUGUACCAUCCAACAUCCGUCGGAGAAUCGUCUUCCGCCGUCUCCUCGACGUCGUCGACGACGUCCUAUCACCUGGAAGACACUCCGGAGCACUCGAGGACAGCCAACGAUUUCAGGAUACGACUCGCUCCCACGGCGUCCUGCGGCGUGCUGAUGCCCAGCCACGUGUCGUCCAUGUUCAAGGAUCGCUCCGCGGCGGAGACGGAGGCGGCGCACGAUCUUCUCGAACUAUCGCGAUCGCUGCCACCAUUGCCGCCACCGAGCGUAGCCAUCGGUCCUCAGAGCGUGAUCGAAGCGCCGGCGAGCGACGUCCAGGAGAUGACGGUCUACCAACCGGCCGAGCAGCCGAUUUAUCAGGUCAAUACGAUAGAUCUGGCCGGCUCGACCAUUUACGGUCAUCAUCAUCAUCAGCAGCAACAACAGCAGCAGCAGCAGCAGCAGCAACCCGCCACGGCCGCCAGCAUCAUUUACGAACCUAGCGCGACUAUUGUACCACCCUCGGGCAGCGUCUUCAUACCUUUGUCGCCGGUACAGGAGAUUCUACUCACGUACAGCACGUCCACUAUACCGUGCACGUCGAUCGUCGCUCAGCAGUCACAGCAUCAGCCGCCACCGCCGCCGCCACAGCAGCAACAACAAUCUCAGCAGCAGCCGUUGCAGCAGAUCGAGACGACCCCGCCGUUGACGCCACCGACUUCCGAGUGUAGUAGUGACAUCGAGAACAGCAACCCGAACUCGCAGCCGUCGCAGAGGGACAAGGAGGUGCAGACCAUUACCGAGCAAACGGAUGGGGUGAAACCGGCCAGUUACACGUAUGACACGUUGCUCGUCUCGGACGGCAGAUCGAAGAACAAGAAGGCAUCUCCUGUACAAAAGAAUCAAGAGACCGAACCGAUCGAGACACCCGAGACCUCCAAGACUGGUCGUUACGUGUGUUGCGAGUGCGGCAAACAGUACGCGACCUCGUCGAAUCUGUCGCGGCACAAGCAGACGCAUCGCAGCAUCGACUCGCAAUCGGCCAAGAAGUGCAUUCAUUGCGGCAAGGCGUACGUCAGCAUGCCCGCCCUGGCGAUGCACGUGCUCACGCACAAGCUAACGCAUAGCUGCGGCGUAUGCGGCAAGAUGUUCUCGCGGCCCUGGCUGCUGCAAGGUCAUCUCCGCAGUCAUACCGGCGAGAAGCCGUACGGAUGCGCUCAUUGUGGCAAGGCGUUCGCCGAUCGUUCGAAUCUGCGGGCGCACAUGCAGACCCACUCGGCCGACAAGAACUACGAGUGCCCCAAGUGUCACAAGUCGUUCGCGCUCAAGUCUUACUUGAACAAGCACCUGGAGUCGGCGUGUCAGCGCGAGAACGAGAGCGAUAGCAGCUACGACGUGGACGCGCCGUCAUAAGACGUAACCGGGAUGCCGACGACGCGCCGGACGGCGAUUACAGAACGGGCUAAUGACUUGCUGUCACUGUCGAGAAGAGCUUCGCUCUUUUGUGCAUCGCAGACGACGAUCAGACGUCGAAUCUCCGGUAACAUCCAAUUUCAACGGGUAUCUCUCGGUAAGCGCAAAGUAAUUCGAUUUACUCGUCGGCUUUAAACGUCGCGGAUGGGCGGAGGGCGACAAAAAUCUCGGCGGCUGCUACUGGGAACGAGGACGAGAAGGUAAUUGACAUAUCGGCGUCUCUAGAUCUCGCGCUCGUCUCCUCCACUCGUGGAAAGAAGUUUCUCUGAAUAUUUCACCGCAUCGCGCUUCUCUCGUAUUUCGCUCGGUUCUAUUUUUAGGAUCGUUUUCCCGAUUCUCUCUUUCUCCUUGAUACCGGAAGGUCGAGAAGAGAGCUUCGCGCGCUUAUUUCCAACAGAUAAAUACUUUUGCUAACGAAAAUCGAUGAAACCGGCCAUUAAUUUUUCAAUCGUUGCCGACUAUAUAUUUUCCGAUGAGAAGUUCCGCCUAUAAUAAAUUUCAAUUUCUCCGUUCGAAACCUCUGUGCUUGAUUUCUCCAACUGGCUGUUCCCUGAAUAAAGUAUUAGCGUAACAAAAAGGAAAAAAAAAAAAGAAAAAAAACUGGCCGACCAUUGAGAUCUCUUUCUUCGAUGCAUAGAGAAACUUCUUUUCCAUCAGUGAGAAGAUCUGUAUUUUGAUUCGCUAGUUAUUUUUAGGCAAGUCUGACGCGUAAGAAUGUCUCGACAUAAAACGAUAUCAAUAUUUCAAUAUGUUUGGGCAUUCUUUCGCGCCGAAGAUCGAUAUGAUAGCAUCGCAGAUACACCAUCUCAUUUCGUGAAUUCGCAAGAACGACGAAUCGAGAUGCUCUCUCGGAAUGAGCAGCGAUAAAGUCGAUGGCGGAAAAUAGUGCAAUAAGUUUCUUAAUAUUAGUUUAAAGAAGCACUUUUUUCAUCCAUCUUUGCUCGAUGAUAAAAAUCUACACUGAUUGUUUUUUCUGUUUUUUUUCUGAAAACGAGAAAACUUUUAAUUUUCUUCAACGAAAAAAA